AUGAGCCUCGAUUUUCACCCGACCGCAUCGGCGCAACAGCUAGCCGACGUCAUUCCACAUGGUUUGGCAAUUCUUAAUCAGAAUUAUGAGCUGGUUUCCGGGAACCUAAACUUCCGAACGCUGAUUCCGUGCUCAGAUGCAAAGUUUCUAGAUUGCUGGCUGCAGUCAAUCCACUCGGACGACGUCGGCCGGGUGAAUGGUUGUUUCAAUAGGGCCGCGUCAUCCGAAGCAGCGCUGCGCGUAGAAUACCGGACUCGGAACCAGGACACAUGGUGUCUGCUGACUUUAAAUGCUCUUGCGAAUAAGCACGCUUUCGGCCUUGAUACUCAUGGCGGAUUCAUUGUGACGGUCGCAGAUAUUACACUAGAGAAAAAGGCUGAAUUUUUUCAGAGACAGCUCGUCAAAGAUGCGCAGGAACACAAACAAGUUCAAGAGCGAUUUAUCGACAUGAUUAGUCAUGAGAUACGAAACCCUCUUUCUGCGAUAUUACACUGUACGGAGGAUAUCAUUGAGGCGAUACGCGAAAGAGAAAACCACACAGUGCCUCUUUCGCGUAUCACAGAGUCCGCAGAGACCAUAUGUCUGUGUAUUUCGCACCAGAAAAGAAUCCUUGACGACGUCCUUACGUUCUCAAAAAUUGACGCUUCGAUGCUGCAUCUAGCACCUCGCAGAGUGCAACCCAAAAAGAAUUUUACGGGCCCAAUUUCUCUAUUUCGGCCGCAGCUGCAGAGGAAUGACAUCCAAUUCGAUUACCAAGCCGACGUUUCUUACGAGAGUUGUGGAAUUGAAUGGGUGAUGGCCGACCUUGACCGAAUGGGCCAAGUUCUUAUCAACCUUCUCUCCAAUGCAAUCAAAUUCACAGCCAAUUCCAAAAAUACGCGGAAGAUACGGGUCUCAAUUGGAGCUUCGAAAGGCCGGCCCUCGUCAUACCCGCCGAACGUUGUUUUCUUUCGAACAGGCGAGACUGCGCUCGGCCUUGAUAAGACAGCGUCAACUGAAUGGGGCGACGGAGAAUUUGUAUAUGUCAUGCUCGCUGUCAAAGAUACUGGUAUUGGCAUCAAUGAUCAUGCCCAGAGGCGGCUAUUUGAAAGAUUCAACCAAGCUACGCCAAGGACGGAAGGAAUAUAUGGCGGCUCUGGUCUAGGCCUUAACGUUAGUAGGAAACUGUGCCAUCUACAUGGUGGGGAGAUUGGCGUCAGUUCGAAAGAAGGCGAGGGAAGCACAUUUGGCUUUUUCUUCCGAGUGCGCAAGGGAGCUUACACCAAUGGAGACGGCGUUGAUGUGGACAAUGUUUCGGAAGUGGACAAGUUAUCUCACAACAUUCAAGCAUUAGGCUUGGAAUUGUCCGAGGUCGAAGGACCGACUCCAGACGUUCGAAUACCAAAAGACCCCCCGCUGAGUCAAAUUGACGAAUUGAAUCGGAGCGGCUCUAUGGAUGAAAGAACGAAGCAUAGCCAUGAGAUUGCGCGGCAAGCAAUCGUUCGCAGUAAUGAUAUCCAUCAAAGCCAAAAUGACAAAAAUACCAGUCGACACAUACUCGUGGUUGAGGAUAAUAUCAUCAACAGAAGAAUCCUUUCUCGAAAAUUGAGAUCACUGGGAUUCCAAAUAAUGGAGGCCAGUAAUGGCCUAGAGGCUCUGAAUACUUUCCAGAACAGCAAGCUCGAUUGCAUCCUCAUGGACCAAGAAAUGCCUGUGAUGGAUGGUAAUACAGCAACCAAGCGUAUUCGAGAGCUUGAGAAUGAAAACGAUACACAUAUUCCCAUUUUGGGGGUGACAGCGAACGUCAGAGCGGCGCAAAGGUCAGAAAUGCUCGAGGCUGGGAUGGACGAUAUAAUUCACAAGCCAUACCAUACUGAGGAAAUUGUAGCGAAGAUUAGCCAAUUUGUUCCUGCAACUUUGGAAAUGACGAAAACUUGA